AGUUUAUUUUGAAAGGUUUGUGACGCGUUUCCGCUGAAUGCUGCCAGCUUUGCGUGCUGACCUUCUGGAUCAGUUUAACGGAUCCAGGUUGAAUCAAAGUUCCGAGAUUUUCACGCAAACGCAGUCCAGAACCGCAGGGCUGCUCACUCGCACCAGAACCGGACCAGAAUUACUUCUACGUAGCAGAACCGGCCCGUGUUCCGGUCCCAAAGCCCGGGGAGGUUGAGGUCUUCUCGCCGCCGAUGCUAGCGUCUGUUUAACCGUCCAGCCGUUGGUUCCGUUGGUCCAAACAUGGAGAGGAAUGUCAGCCUGUUCGAGCUGCUCAACCUGUCCAUCGGUUCCCCUCACAAAAGUUCGGUGGACUUCAGCGCCCUCCACGCGCUGCUGCUGGAGAUGCUGAAGCUGCUGGACCUGCGGGAGGCGACGACCCGCUUUAAGGUCAGCCCUCCCAGGGACCAAGUGGCCGACGCCCCGCCGGGGGCUCCGGGGGAGGUUCUGACCCACCCCACCGUGUCGGACCAGCUGGUUCCGCCCGGUUCCGACCUACACAAACUGACAGACUCGGUCUCUGUUCUGGAUGGAACCGGAGGGGACGACUUCCGAACCUCCGGGGACGGAGUGUCACAGGCCUUGAAUCUCAUCGAGGAGCUGCAGAAGAACAGAGACGAGAUGAAGCAAAAGACGGAGCACCUGCAGUCCAAGGCCUCGAUCAUCAUUGAAGACCUGCAGAGGAACAGCGCAAACCUGAGGCAGAAGGCAGAGGAGCUGCAGCACAAGGCCUUGAAGGUCAUUGAGCAGCUGGAGGACAGCAAAGAUCUGAAGGAGACUGAUGACAUGCAGCACAAGUCCUCCUUCUGUGUUCAGGGGGUAGCGGAGCAGAUGGAGAUCCAGGCAGGACUGGAGACGUGCUGCCAACGUCUGGACGUCCUGGACAAGGCAGUGGAAUCCAUCCAGGAACUCUUCCAGAUGUAUCCAGACCCAGAGGAGCUCAGCGAGUGUGUGACCUGGGUCCAAUUGGUUCAGAAGGACAUGGAGGUUGAGAAGGACCUGGAGACUUCAGAGGUUCUGGACCAGCCCUGGUUGGUAGAACAGACUGGACCUGACCCCUCAGCACUGUCCUCUGGUGUCCCAGUCCCAUCAACUGGUGGACCGGUGCUAUACUCCGGUGCCGCUGCGCCAACCUCCGAUGCCGCUGCACCGACUUCCGGUGCCUCUGCACCAACCUCAGGUGUUGUUGCGCCGACCUCUGGUGCUGCUUUGCCGACCUCCGAUGCCGGUGCGCCGACAUCCGGUGCCAGUGCGCCGACAUCCGGUGCCGGUGCGCCGACCUCUGGUGCCGGUGCGCCGACCUCUGGUGCUGCUUUGCCGACCUCCGAUGCCGGUGCGCCAACCUCCAGUGCCGGUGCGCCGACCUCUGGUGCCGGUGCGCCGACCUCUGGUGCCGGUGUGCCGACCUCUGGUGCCGGUGCGCCGACCUCUGGUGCCGGUGUGCCGACCUCUGGUGCCGGUGCGCCAACCUCUGGUGCGCCAACCUCUGGUGCGCCGACCUCUGGUGCGCCAACCUCUGGUGCGCCAACCUCUGGUGCGCCGACCUCUGGUGCGCCGACCUCUGGUGCGCCGACCUCUGGUGCGCCGACCUCUGGUGCACCGACAUCCGGUGCUACUGUACCAACCUCUGGUGCGCCAACAUCUGGUGCGCCGCCCUCUGGUGCGCCAACAUCUGGUGCGCCGCCCUCUGGUGCGCCGACCCCCGGCGUGCCAACCUCUGGUGUUCCAACCUUGGGUACCAGUGCGCCAACUCCCGGUGCCGGUGCGCCAACUCCCGGUGCCGGUGCGCCGAGUGCCAGUGCGCCAACUCCCGGUGCGCCGAAAUCCGGUGCCGGUGCGCCGAGCCCCGGUGCCGGUGCGCCGACCCCCAGUGCGCCGAAAUCCGGUGCGCCGACCUCGGGUGCGCCGACCUCCGGUGCGCCGACCUCUGGUGCCAGUGCGCCAUCCCCCAGUGCGCCGACCUCUGGUGCGCCAACCCCCAGUGCGCCGACCUCGGGUGCGCCGAAAUCCGGUGCGCCAAAAUCCAGUGCGCCGACCUCCGGUGUACCAGUUCCAUCCCCAGGUGCCUCAGCCCCAUCCUCCCAUCGCUUAGCGCCAUCUUCUGGUGCCUCUGCAACAUUCGCCGGUACAACUGGGCUGUCACCCAGUGCCUCUGCACCACCUUCUGGUUCCUCUUCACCGGCCUCUGCUGUCUCAAUGCCGUCGUCUGGUGGUCCCCUCCACCCAGAAAGCUCCCCCACGUCUGGUGCUCCGUCUUUUCCAAGCAUCUCUGCCGAGGAUCAGUCCUCGGAAGCAGCAGCAGACUCCACUCAAGCCUCCUCUGAUGGGUCUGAAGGCGGGACAAUCGCUGGGGACCAGCGCAGGGCCACAGAACCACAACCUGUGAGCUCAGCUGUCCUUCCAGAGUCCACCGCAAAACUGUACCACAACCUGGAGUACAACGUGCUAGGGUGGCUUCCAGCAUCUCUCCUGGAGUGCUUCGUGGAGAUCUAA